AUGGAAGAAACCUACCUGCUGAAUGUGGAAGGGGUCAAAAAGAAGAUUCUGCACGGAGGCCGAGGGGAGCUGCCGAAGCUGCAGGAUGGGAGCAAGUUCACCUUCCACUUCCAGACGCUGAAGGACGACUUUGAGCGGACGGUGAUCGACGACAGCCGGGAGGCCGGCAUGCCCAUGGAGAUCAUCAUGGGCAAGAUGUUCAAGCUGGAGAUCUGGGAGACGCUGCUCAGCUCCAUGAGGAUCGGGGAGGUGGCGGAGUUCUGGUGCGACGCCAUUCACACAGGCAUGUAUGCCCUGGUCUCCAGGGGCAUGCGGAGGAUCGCGGAGGGACGGGACCCCCUGGAAGGCCAGAAGCACCGCUGCGGCAUGGGCAACAUGUUUGACUACCACAGCACGGGCUACGACGACCUGGACGAGCUGCAGCGGACGCCGCAGCCCCUCAUCUUCAUCAUGGAGCUGUUCCGGGUGGAGGACCCCUCGGCGUACAAACGUGACACCUGGGCCAUGAGCAAGGAGGAGAAGCUGGCGGCGGUGCCCGUGCUGCACAGCGAGGGCAACCGCCUGGUCCUGCGCAGGGAGUUCGCGCAGGCGGCGGCCAAGUACCAGGAGGCUGUCAUCUGCCUCAGGAACCUCCAGGCCAAGGAGAAGCCGUGGGAGGAUGGCUGGCUGAAGCUGGAGAACCUGGUCACGCCGCUGGUGCUCAACUACUGCCAGUGCCAGCUGGAGCUCGGCGAGUACUACGAGGUGCUGGAGCACACCACGGAGCUUCUCCAGAAGCACAAGGACAAUGCCAAGGCCUAUUUCAAGCGGGCAAAGGCCCACGCUGCUGUGUGGAACGAGAGGGAGGCGCGGGAGGAUUUCCAGCGCGUGGCUCACCUCGACCCCUCCAUGGCGGCCGCCGUGAAGAAGGAGCUGAAGCAGCUGGGGGAGAGGAUGAGGAAGAAGCACGUGGAGGAUCGGAAGCGCUACCAGGGUCUCUUCCAGUCAUCCCAGGGUCUGAAGGGCCGGGAGAGCAGGGAGGGGGCACCUGACUCUGCCUUUCUCGACAUGACACAGCCCAAGACAGCCGGCCCGAGGGACCCUGGGGACCAGGAGCCACCCCCCCCAAGCUGGCAGGACAGCCCCACGGGGACCCGCUCCCAACGAGGGCCUCCAGCCCCGCAGCUCAACUCAGAUUUGGGGACAGCAGCAGGGCAGCUGCUCCCUGGGGACAGCGAGGUGGGAUCCACCCAGCCUGCCAUGCGCCUGCAUCAGCCCAAGGUGGGCUCAGGGCUGGAGAAAGCCCUGCCUGCGGGAGCUGAGGGAUGGAGGCUCUGUGCAGGACAGGCUCUCUGCGCCACGGCAAAGGCACAGAUCCCCGGGAAAGCGGGCAGGAUGAAGUACCUGCUGUGGGUCCAGCCCCCACUGAGCUCCCUCAGCAGCCCUGCAAGGCAACACCAGCAACAAGGGAAGGUGCUGGUUCCCCUGGGAGCAGGAGCCGGGCUGGUCUGA